AGUACACAGUGAGCUGACUCGAGGACCCGCCACAACCACACACAGCAGGCAGACACAUGACAGUCCUGCUAGCUUGUUUGGCUAGUGUGGCUAGUGUUGCUGUCAUUCCCGUGAGCCGCCUCUUGUAGGUUUAAUAAUGUUUGUAGCCCGUAGCAUUGCAGCAGAUCACAAAGAUCUGAUCCACGAUGUGUCGUAUGAUUUUCACGGCCGGAGGAUGGCAACUUGCUCCAGUGACCAGAGUGUCAAGGUUUGGGACAAAAGUGAGAACGGAGAGUGGCAUUGCACAGCUAGUUGGAAGACACACAGUGGAUCGGUGUGGAGAGUGACCUGGGCUCAUCCAGAAUUUGGGCAGGUUCUGGCCUCUUGCUCCUUCGACAGGACGGCUGCUGUCUGGGAAGAGAUUGUAGGGGAAUCCAAUGACAAACAGAGAGGACAGAGCCAUUGGAUAAAGAGAACCACGCUGGUGGACAGCAGGACGUCAGUGACUGAUGUGAAGUUUGCCCCUAAACACAUGGGCCUGAUGCUGACCACCUGCUCUGCGGACGGAGUGGUGAGGAUCUACGAGGCUCCAGAUGUUAUGAACCUGAGCCAGUGGUCCCUGCAGCAUGAGAUCUCCUGCAAGCUCAGCUGCAGCUGCAUCUCCUGGAACCCCUCCAGCUCUCGUGCCCACCCGCCUAUGAUCGCAGUGGGGAGUGAUGACAGCAACGUAACGUAUGGCGGGAAGGUGCAGAUCUAUGAGUACAACGAAAACACAAGGAAAUAUGCCAAAGCAGAGACGUUGAUGACUGUCACUGAUGCGGUGCAUGACAUCGCAUUUGCUCCCAACCUGGGAAGAUCUUUCCAUGUGCUCGCCAUCGCAACUAAAGACGUCCGAAUCUUCAAGCUUGUGCCUAUGAGAAAGGAGAGCACCUCCACAGGACCGACCAAGUUCGAGGUGCAGAUUGUGGCUCAGUUUGACAACCACAACUCCCAGGUGUGGCGUGUGAGCUGGAACAUCACCAGCACCCUGCUGGCCUCCUCUGGGGAUGAUGGCUGUGUGCGCCUCUGGAAAGCUAACUACAUGGACAACUGGAAGUGCACAGGCAUCCUGAAGGGAGAUGGCAGCCCUUUGACCGGUUCUUCUGGUCAGCCCACAGCGAUGAGCACGGUAGUGGGCUCCUCUGUUCAGACCUCCCAGAGCGUCCUGAAUGGGACAUCCGCAGGAAGGUAGGAGGUGUGGUGCGUGUGACACCACUCACCCAAACCGACCCCGUGCAACCCAACCCAACCCAAACCAGUCAGAACUGAUGACUCCUAAUGCCUCACACUGACUGGGACUUGAUGCAGCCACUCACUGACAAACUACUGGGCCCAAACUGACCCAAGGCUGCACUCAUGCAAAGAGCUUGGCUUCUGGUUUCCAGCACACAAGCCUGUGUAGCCUGAUCUAUUUUUUUUCUUUCUUUUUUUCCCCAAUGAUUUGCUAUUGAUUUGUAAUCAUACAUGUUACAGCGGUGGCUUCAGAUAUGCUCUUUGUAAUGUCAGUGUAAGGGUUUGUUUGUAUGAAAAUAAAUAAGUGAAAUAAACUAGUUUGUAUAAAUUUGAUAUUUGACUGUUAUUGUGUACUCUGGAACUAUUUUGAAGGAGAGAACCUUUGUAAAUGUAGGGUACAUUUUUGUAGCUAUUGAUAGAUAUUUACAAUUUUAUGAGCAAGACUCUACAAUACUCCAACAUUUUCAUGUGAAUUAUUAGACCAUCUUCCCAUUGAGAUCCCAUGUUAAGGAUUUAGCACGGAAUAUACGUCCUCACUUGUAAUUUUUUUUUUCUAUUUCAUUCAGUUUAAUUGACAUGCAGAACAACAGUACAUUGUCUGUCUGUUACCAACUGUUGCCAAACUCUUUGCUGAGCAAAAGGAAGCUUGAAUGAAUCUUAUUAACCUACUGCAAUAACAAAUAACAAAAAUGGUAGUAUGGACAAGUGUAUGAAUAUGAAUAUGGCCACUAAUAUUUGGGACUGUGAAAUUUGCAUCAUAAAUUACUAGAUGUAAGUAUUUAUGUAUCUUAGCGACUAAAGUGUUACUUUUUUGUUGAUGAUUGAUGGACCGCGGACUAUGGACAACUGGUCAUGAACCACUGGUUUUGCCUGAUUAGGCAUGUGGCUAUAUUUAUGUUCAAGUUAACAACUUCUGAUUUAUCAAUGGCUAUCUCGACCGUGGAUUUGGUUUUUCACUUUACAUUUAGAAGCACCUCAGCUAACCUGAGUAACCUAAGGACUGGGUAUUAUGUAUUGUGUAUUAUGGCAUUUUGUGUUUGUUUUAAUGAAGUAAAAAUAACACUGCAUCCAAGUGUAAUUUUUCAAAAUCUUCAUUGUAAAACUAAUACAAAGUUUGAAAUAACCUUGAAAAAAGGAAUUAUAUUGCAUUCUGUUCAGGUGUUGACAAAAGUGUGGAAUUUAUUGCAAUAAUAUGGCGUUGUACUGCUUGUUGCAUGCAGGAUUGGCAAGAGAACUCCCUUUGCCCCUCCCCUGCGGCAGCUGACCUCUUCAAAGAUAUACCAGCAUCCUGCAUAUUACUAAUGUCUCCACUGCAGCAGCUCCCAUUUGCUCUUGUGUCCAUGCAUUUGAAAUGCCACACCACGAGUGACACACGUUUAACUGAAUAUUUCAGUCUUGUUGGUUGAGGCCUGUUUGUCGGCAUGGUAACUUUACAGCUCUGUUCUUCACAGCCUUGACCUUCUGGGUUACAGAGUUUUUCUGACAGUGGUCACAGUUGGCGUCAAAAUAGAGAUGUGCUGUCUUGGGGUGAUUAUUUUAUAUUGCAUUGCACAGACUCCUUGAAAAAUAAAUAUUUUCUAUCACUUUA